UUGAUCAUGAUGCACAUGAAUGGAUUGUUCUUGUUCUUGUUUUUGUUCUCAAAAGAAAUUAAUAAAUUAAUAAAUGGAUUGGGAUAUCUAACUUUAUUUCCAAAGGGUUGAAAUGUCUGCAGUAUGGCGUGUGCACAGAAAUCUGCUACUGAGUACCUCAGAAACGCCAGGAAAAACCUGGUGACUAAUAUGAAAAACCUUCCUCUCAUCAUUGAGAAUCUUUAUCAGAAGAAUGUUUUCAAUGACUAUGAGGUUGAUGAUCUCAAAGCUGAAAAGACAGAGUUUGAUAAAGCCAGAAGUAUAUUGGACUGGGUCAUUAAAAAAGGUGAUAUUGCCAGUUAUAAAUUUCUCCAGAUUCUGGAUGUCACUAAGAAGAGGACAUUAGAUCCUGGUUUACACUACUGGAUCAGCUGUUUUCCCUUCAGAGAUGAAGAUACAGAGGCCAGUUAUUCAUUUGGUACAAAGCCUUGUCAAAACUACCAGACGCAGCUCAAACAGAGAGCAAAAAGUAUCCUGAAGAAACAAAGAGGACGCUUCUGUAAAUAUCUGGAAAAGAAACACGUAAACUUCAGUUUCAUACCUCUUGUUUUAGAGACCGACUCUGUGGUAAAAACUCCUCAAUGCAAAAUAAAUUUAAAAAACAAAAAAUGCAAAAAGCUGCGGCCCAAGAAGCUGAGAGCUUACAUUCCUAAUGAGGGACAAACACUGUCACCUGAGGAUCUCCUGAAAUGCAGGAACAAGAACAUCCUCAUCACAGUGUUGCCAGUUUGGAAUCUCUUUUGUUUGAUGUGUAUAUAAAACCAAUGGAUAAAGACAGAAAAGACGUGUUUCAAGAUAUUGAGGAAAACUCUGAUAAUGUUGUCAUUGUGUUUGAUGGUGUGACGGAUUUAGAAGAAAAUUCCAUUUUAUGGAAGAUCAUGAACCACGAGCUCCUGCCUGAUGCCAAGAUUGUGAUCACAUGCAGAUCAGAGGUGGAAGAUGAUCCACUUUUCUCUGACUGGCCGACACGGAGAGUGUACGUCCAAGGAUUCAGUGGAAAGUCUAUUAAAGCUUACUAUCAGAGUAUGUUGGGUCAUGAUCCUGUUCAUCUAGAUGUUAUUUUGAAGAAUCAGGAGCUGUUCAGUCUUAGCCACGUGCCAAUGUAUGCAUUUAUGGUUGCCGCCUUCAUUUCAUUUAAAAAUGACACAAAAAACAACCAUCCACACACAGUCACAGAGAUGUACAUCCACAUUUUCCGUCUUACUAUGAUGAAACAUGGGGGGAAGGAAAUUAAGGAAAUAGAUAAAUACCUGCGAGAAAUAAAAUAUAAAAUUCAUCCUCUAAUGGAAAAUGCAUUCAGUGCAACUAUGCAGAAAACCCUUAACCUCAAUAGCUGUGAGACAGACAUUUGUCAUGCUUUUCUGAAGAACAUCACACUACAAGACUCAGUAUCUUCUUCAACGACAUACUGUGCGUUUCACCACAACACAAUGCAGGAAUUUUUCUCAGCUUUGUGGCUUCUUGGACAUCCAGACGAAAUUGAGAAAGUCCUCCAGCUCUGUCAGACAGAGGAGCAUAAACACAUGAGACAUGUUCUUCCUUUCUUAUGUGGACUUCUGAGUGAACACAACAUCAAACUCCUCAAGUGUCUCUUCCCAGAAGAUCAGAUAAAGAAAACAUCCGAUUGGUUGAUUGAGAAGUUUUUGGACACGUUUCUUCAACCUCAGAGUGAGAGUGAAGAGUUUGAUCUUCUCUAUGUGUGUCAGUGCUUGUAUGAGCUCCAGUCUCCUAAAGCCUGUUUAAUGUUCCUGGAGAAGAUGGACCAUCGGCUUGAACCAGAAGUGGAUCUUGAUCCUCAUCAGUGUUGUGCUUUUUCUUACGUGAUCGGUCAAUCCAGAGAUAAAGAGGUUUAUGUGAAUCUGGAGGACUGUAACGUGACUGAUGUAGGAAUGGACAUGAUGCUCAGCUGCUCACCAAACAUCAGGUUAAAGACUUGUAAAGAUCCACUGAAGCAAAUCACAUUCUUUGUAGACUUCUUCCAUAAAUCAUCUCAGUGUGACUGCAAACUUUUUGAGGUGAGAGAACGAAACAACCCAGAAAAAAUAAUCAAUGAUCUGCUGGAUCUUUACUCACAUGUGAAGAACUAUGAGACUCAAACAGGCAGGAGUUUCCUUCCAGCAUUACAGUCAGUUUUCCAGUCACCUGAUGUCUGGAUCAUAGAUCUCUCACAGAGAAAGAGCUCCGUCCUCCUGGAAGUGCUGAAACUACAAACACAGAAGAAACCAGUAGAUCUGAGAGGAUGUUCAGAGGAAGAGAGUGAAGUGAAGAGUUUCCUUCAAUUUCUGCCCUACAUCUCACAGCUGAGGUUCUGGGAAAUUGAUGAUGAAGAAACAAGGAUGUCUGCAGUAAGAUUCCUGCUGAAUCUCUGUGUUGCUGCAGUAGAAAAUGACAAAGAUGCAGGAAGAUUCUUGACUCUCCUGUCAUCUGUGUGCAGCUACAAAACCUUCCCUUUUCUUGAAGAGUUUGGUGAUGCUGAUGUUCAGAGUAAUUUCCUGUUGGAUCUUUGGUCACAUGUGAAGAACUAUGAGACUCAAACAGGCAGGAGUUUCCUUCCAGCAUUACAGUCAGUUUUCCAGUCACCUGAUGUCUGGAUCAUAGAUCUCUCACAGAGAAAGAGCUCCGUCCUCCUGGAAGUGCUGAAACUACAAACCCAGAAGAAAUCAGUAGAUCUGAGAGGAUGUUCAGAGGAAGAGAGUGAAGUGAAGAGUUUCCUUCAGUUUCUGCCCUACAUCUCACAGCUGAGGUGAGAAAAUCUCUGUUGACU